AAAGCGAAAUGCAUUCUGGGAACACUCGGCCUAAGAAACAUGGCGUCUCACUGACAGCUGUGCUACUGCCAUUAUCUGGUCGGUCGCUGAUGAACAGGAGUAGGACCACCGACGCAGGCUUGUUCUCCAGUUAAUUUCAGUUAUCGGUCUUGCUCAGACUCGGAUUCCAGUGGCAAAAGCCGCUCCUCGACGAAAGGGUGAAAUAUACAACGUAUUAGAAGCCAGAGUCACGCCCACUCUGUUUGGAAAAGAAGGGAGAGCACUCAGUUGGCUAACGUUAGCUCGCGAGCUAACCUGCAGCGUCUGGGCUACUGACCCGGGCGGCUCACUGACACAGCUAGCAGCUAACAGGCUAGCGAUUACAGGCGUGUUGUUCACCGUGUUGACAGCAGAAUGUCUGUUGUGUAGAGAACAUUUCCGUGACCACGGGUACUUUAUUUUUUAAUGUUCGACCUGUCCGGGUUUUGUUUUUUUGGAGGAGAGAGAGAUGGGGUCGGGGGCCGUGGAUUCGUCCCAGUGGCUGUCGGUGAAGGAAGAGACGAUUUUUCUUCACGACGGACUGAUUCGGGUCACGGACCUGGCCGAGCUGCCUAGUGAGAUCGGGGUUUCGGAACAGGGGGACACCGAACAGGAGAUCCUGACCUUCGAGACCAAGAACCCGGCCGAGUUGGCAGAGCGUCUUCGGGCCGUCUGCGGUAACCAGAGCAACGCCUAUGCCCGCCUGCUGGAGUACCGGCUCAAUGCCCUGCGCGGCCUGUGGGGGGCGCAGCGGCAGCUGGCGCUGGAGGAGCAGCAGGAGCGGGAGGGGGCCGGGGGGGACGAGGAGGCGCUGGCCCUGCUCAAACGGCAGGGCCUCCUGCAGCAGCCGGAGCAGGCCCCCUUCACCUCCCGCAUGGGCCUCCUGCUGGUCUUCCCCCUCCUGCAGUCCCAGUCCCGCAGCGACCCCACCCUCUGCAGCAUCACCGCCGAGGUCCUCCUGGCCUGCCUGCGGGACUGCCAGCCGCUCAGCCUCAGUAAGGAGCCUGCAGACUGUCUGAACGGGCUGGAGAGCCUGCUGUGCUCCUGGCUGGAGGAGGAGCCCGCCCACAGACCCGCCCCCUCCCCGCUGCACACCCACAGGCAGAGGGAGAACGCCGCCGCCGCCCUGGUGGCCCUCGCCUGCGCCAGGGGCUCGCUGAAGACCUUCAUCCACACUGUUCACCUGCUCCAGAGGCAGACGGACCUGGGCCAGCUUCCUGUCGCCGACGUCCUGUACAGGCUGCUGUUGCUGGAGGGCGGGCCCGGGUCCCCGUCCUGCCUGCUGGGGGGCAAGCACAGCGUGUCCUGGGGGUUCGAGGACAUGCUCCCCGCCCCGGACAGCAACGCCACGGGAGCCGAGAGCAAAGACGCUGACCUGGGGCGCUGCCUGGCGACGGACGGGCUCUAUCUCUACACCACCAACUCCUUUGGGAAGGGGGUCAGCAAGCUGGGCUCCGGGCUGCACGGGACUCUGCGCGGCUUUGUGUACUGUCGGAAUGAGGAGCUGGAGGCUGGCUGGGUGGUGUUCAGCAGCGGGCGGCUCCUCCACCGGCCCGCCUCCUUCGACACCAAACCCCAUCAGCUGUGCCAAGUCAUCGACCCCUUCACCCUGCAGGUGUGUCAGAUCGUGCCCAUGCCCGCCCACCACUUCCCCGUGGGCAGCAGCCUGACCACGCUGCACCUGUGCUCCGACGGGUCCUACCUGUACUGGGUGUGGUCCCCGGCCAGCCUUAACGAGAAGACCCAGAAGGGCCACUCCGUCUUCAUGGACGUCUUCACGCUAACGACUCAGACGGGCCUGUGCGUGGCCGAGGUCCUGCAGGAGAGGGUGAUCCUGACGCGGAAGGAGGGCGAGUCGUCCAAGUGUCUGAACGACCUGCUGCUGAGCCGGAUGUCCCGCUUCCGAGCGUCGCACUCGGCCACGCUGGCCGCCCUCACGGGCUCCACCAUCACCAACACCGUCAAGGAGGAGCAGUCCGCGGUGAACACCAGCUGCGGGCUCUCCCUGAAGACGCUGCGGAAGACGCCCAUGUACGUGUGCGGGACGUACCUGGUGAUGCUGGCAUCGCCCCCGGGGGUGUCGGGCAGCUCCGCCACGCGCUCCCUGUUCGGGGGCACCAGCGGCCUGUCCUCCCUGAAAAUCCUGGCUUCCAGUCUGGUGUUUAGCCUGGCCGACGGGCAGUUCAGUAGCCGUGCCGACCUCAUCGACGCCCCAGGCAGCUCGCUGGGUCGAGGGGCGCAGGUGUCUGGGUUGGGGGCCUGCUACGACUCCCUGAACAACCUGAUCUGGACCUGCUCCAGCGACUACAUGGACCAGUGGUGUAACCCUGGCAACCAGGCCUUCCACCACGUGUGCCACAGGCUGGGGGUCAGCCACAUCAUCAAAGAGCCCAAAGAAGAGACGGUGGCGACGGGCGAGGUGAUAAACCAGCUGCUGCACCACGUGGGCGCCAUGUGCAUCCACCAGCUCAACGUGCUAGCUGCUAGCAGCAGCAGCCUGCCCGUGGGCGCCUUCCUGGGGAAGCAGCACCCCAUCGAGGCCCAGCACUUCAGCAGCAUCUGCGACAUCAUGGAGAAGGCCAUGGUCAACGGGGACACCUGCAUCAUCCGCUGCAUUCUGGUGGUGUUCCAGGUGGUGUUCAGGUUCUUUAACCCGCAGUCGGAGCAGAACCGGGAGAGCGUGCGGAGGUCCGGCCUGCUGCUCUGGCAGCUGCUCAUGGCCCCCGUGGAUCAGAUAGGAGCUGAGAUCCAGGGGGAGGUGUGCCUGGCUAUCAGCUCGGGCUUGAACAUCUUGUAUCAGGGAGAGACUGAGCUGAACAACCUGUUAAAGCUGGUUCUGACCGAAGGAGACCGGAACAGCGGGUUGUCCCAGCUCCGCGACGUUAUCCUCACCAACCUGGCCGACCAGCUGCAGAAGAACCGUUUCGGGAGUGAGGAUGACGACCAUUACAGGCUCAGUGAUGAACUGCUGCACUGCAUUCUGAAGACGGUGGUGCGCGAGUCUUGCCUGCUCAUCACCAAGUGUCAGACCGUCUCCAAGGACGACUUCCAAAAGCUGCUCUCCACCGUGCCGGUGGCCUCGCCCAGCCUCCGCUACCUCAUGGCCGUUCAGAACCACCUGCUCAGCAACACGGUUCUGAUCCGGCCCGACGACGGCGACGACAGCGACAGCUCCCUGCAAGGGGAAACAAUGAAGGUACAGGAGCUGCAGACCAGCAUCCUGUCUCUGGCUGCUAAGAUCCUGGUGGGCUGUGACGAGGUUCUGGAGACCCUGCAGCAGGUCACCACCGCCCUCAUCAACAGCGACAUCGCCGAUCGGGAGAACAGGUUGAAGGGUCUGGAGCAGGUAACCAAGGCGACCAUGCUGGGCCACCUGCUGCCGGUGCUGCUGACCUCGCUGAUGCACCCCAACCUGCAGACGCUGACGCUGGCUGACGUGCUCAUGCCGCAGCUGGUGCAGCUGGUGCUCUACACCAGCCAGACUGCCUUGCUGCUGAAGACCCAGUCCCCGCUCUUCAGCGACGGGGCCGCCUUGGCCGGAGGAUCCGCUGGCCAGAGGGGAAAGCUGCCCCCUGUGGAUGACAGCUUGCGGACCCUGGAGGAGAGGGAGGAGCCGGGGUUCCUGACGGGGCUGAAGAUCCCCGCCCCCUGGGCCGCGGGGAAGACGGUGGAGACGGUGCACCCUGUGCGGGACAACUACAAGUUCAAAGAGACGGUGCACAUCCCCGGGGCCCGCUGCCUGUACCUGCGCUUCGACCCCCGCUGCUCGUCCCAGUACGACUACGACAAGCUGGUGAUCUACGCCGGGCCCAACACCAACAGCCGCAAGGUGACGGAGUACGGCGGGAACACCCUGGGCUACGGCAGCCGCAGCGUGCUGGGGACCGGCUGGCCCAAAGACCUGGUCAAGGUGGAGGGCGACACCGUCACCUUCUCCUUCGAGAUGCGGAGUGGGCGGGAGCACAACACACCGGACAAGGCCAUGUGGGGCUUCUCCUGCACGGUCCGCGCCCAGGAGUCCUCGGAGGACGUGUCGGGGGGGCUGCCGUUUCUGGCAGACCUGGCGCUGGGCCUGUCCGUUCUGGCCUGCUCCAUGCUGCGCAUCCUGUACCACGGCCCGGAGCUGACCCGCGAGGAGGAGGCCUGUCAGGACCUGCUCUGCUCCAAGCUGCUGCAGAGGUGCCAGUGGCAGGUGGAGGCUAACGGCGCCAUCUCCCCCGCCCUGACGCCCAGCCCCUCCCCGCUGCCCCCCCUGACCAUCGAGGAGGACCGGGAGUUCAUCUACCCCACCGACGUGCUGAUACCCCCACCGGGGCUGAUGCCCGGGGCCUACUUCGACCUGCCGCGCAUCCGCCUGCCCCCGGGAAUCAUGGGACGGCUGCGGGAGGUCUCGGGGAGGGCGCGGCCGCAGUUCCGGCCCAGCAUCAAGGAGGUGAUCCGGCCGGACGUGAUGGAGGAGGUGAUCGUGUCCUGCGUCAUCAAGCACCUGGCGCUGGUGGACGCGCUGCAGUCGCUGGUCAACUUCCAGUACCGCGAGGAGCACGCCGAGGAGCACGACCUGCUCUGCAAGAUCAUGGCCGAGACCUUCAAGAAGAUCAACGCCAUGGAGCGCCAGCUGCAGAGUGUGGCAGAGCUGGAGCAGAAGUGGCAGAAUGAGGUUGAAGAGGCUCAGCAGGGAAAGCUGGAGAACAACAAUCCCUUCUUCCAUGAUUACCACUUCUUUGAGAACAAAAUGAAGGAGUUGGAGCUGCUCUGCUCCUUGAAGGAGGUGCCUUUGGACUGCAGCGAUCUGGAAAACGUGGUGCUGGCUCUCAGGGAGAAGUUCUUCCAGGAGGUGAACUCCCUGCAGCGCAGUGCUGCUCCUCUGGCCAAGACCAAGGCCCUGGUGAAGAGCCUGACCAACCGGACCGAGCUCCUGCUGCACGUCACCAUCGCCCCCCACUGCAGGAGCCUGAGCAGCACGCCCACCGGCACGCCAGCCUGCAAGUCUGUGUCCGACACCAAGACCAUGACUCCCCCGGCCAAGCAGCCCGUCUUCCUGCGCAGCAUGUCCGCGCCCUCUGACCUGGAAAUGAUCGCCAACCAGGACCUGGAGUUCACCCACGGCAACCAGAGGAGGCGGCACCACCCCUCCAGCCACCGCAGCACCUCCUUCACGCUGCUGCAGUCUCUGGCCGUGGAGGACAGCCGGGACAAGCCCACCUACAGCGUGCUGCUGGGACAGCUGUUCGCUUUCAUAGGGACCACGCCCGACCAGGCCGUGUCGAGCAGCAGCUUCCUGGCGGCGGCGCAGACGCGCUGGAGGCGGGGCAGUGCGCGGAAGCAGGCGCUGGUGCACAUGAGGGAGCUGCUCACCGCUGCCGUGCGAGUGGGCGGAGUCACGCACCUGGUGGGGCCCGUUACCAUGGUGCUGCAGGGCGGGCCCAGGAUCGAGGAGCUGACGUGCGGGGGCAUGGUGGAGCAGGUGCAGGAGGCUUUUGGGGAGACCAUGACGUCGGUGGUGUCACUCUGUGCCCGGUACCCCAUCGCCUGUGCCAACAGCAUCGGCAUGCUCUGCACCAUCCCCUAUACCAGGAGUGAGGAGCAGUGUCUGGUGCGCAGUGGGCUGGUGCAGCUGAUGGACCGGCUGUGCAGCCUGAGCAGCCAGCGCGACUGCAGCUCCAGCGAGAAGCAGACCAAGAAGCAGCGCGUGGCCACCAUGGCCUGGGCCGCCUUCCAGGUGCUGGCCAACCGCUGCAUCGAGUGGGAGAAGGUGGAAGGGGGCUCCACGGACGCAGUGCAUUCUGGGCUGGCGCGGCAGGUGUCCAGCCUGCUGACCAAUCACCUGGCUCGAGCCACGGAGUGCUGUGGGAACCAGGCGGCGGGAAACGACGCGCUGCAGGACGUGCUCAGCCUCCUCAACGACCUGUCCAGGAGCCACAUCGGCAAGGCCAUCCUGAGCCAGCCGGCCUGCGUGUCCAAGCUGCUGUCGCUGCUCCUGGACCAGCGGCCGUCGCCCAAGCUGGUGCUGAUCAUCCUGCAGCUGUGCCGCGCGGCGCUGCCCCUGAUGAGCGUGGAGGACUGCGGCAACGUGGCGCUGCCGCCCUGGAGCUACUCCAUCCACGCGCUGGACGCCGAGCCGCGGGACUCCGCCUCCGACCCCGCAGACCCCGCCUCCCGCAUCGCCGCCCUACUGCUCGCCAAGCUGGCCGACUACGUGGUGCCAGGGUGCCAGACGCUCCUCUCCCCCAGCUCCUCAGAGCCGGACACCAGCCUGAGCCGCAGCAGCCCCAAGAGCUCGCUGAAGUCGGACAAGGACGCGGGGGAGGAGGGCGAGGCCGUGGACGGGAAGCUGUCCAUCUUCAUCCACAAGCGGGAGGACCAGUCGUCCCACGAGGUCCUGCAGCCGCUGCUCAGCAGCUCGGAGGGCCGGCCCUUCCGCCUGGGCACCGGAGCCAACAUGGAGAAGGUGGUGAAGAUGGACCGAGACAUGACCAAGAGCGGGAGUUGUGAGGUCAUAACGGAGGAGGCGGUGGCGGCCCUGAGGAAGGCCACUAAGUGGGCGCAGUCGGGGCUGAUCGUGAGCGUGGGGCCCCCCGUGGAGGCUCUGGCCCCGGAGAGCGCCGGGGGGGUCACCAGCGGCGACAAGAAGAAGACCGCCCAAACUGCCGUGUGCAGGGAGCGCAACUCCGACCUGGCCAGGUCCGACCCGGUCCGGCCCUUCAUCAGCGGUCACGUGGCGAACAGCAUGGCGGCCGAGGUCAUCGCCCUGCUGCACAGCCUGCUCACCGCCCCCGAGUCCAACACCGCCCAGAUCUGGACCUCCACAGCCGAGAAGGUGCUGUCGCGGGCGCUCAUGUUCAUCCCCCAGCUGGGGAAGUACGCGGAGAGCAUCCUGGAGAACGGCAGCAGCAGCGGCAGGAAGCUGGCCAAGCUGCAAGCCAUCGGCAGGCAGGCCGUGGCCGCGCUCUGCGCCCUGGGGGGCUUCAAGGAGACCAUCAAAAUCGGCUCUGAAGUCCAGGUGUUGGGCAAAGGUGUGCUGGGCAGCGUGGGCGUGGUCAUGUCCAUCAACGAGCAGGAGGGCAUCGCCACGGUGAAGUUCCCGUCCUGCGACUACCGGAAGACCUGCAAGGCCUCGGACGUCCUGACCAUCCCCAUCUCCCGCCUCUGCACCCCGCGCUCCGAGGCCCUGCCUCUGUACAAGCUGUCCAUCACUGAGAAGGUGGUGCAGGCGGUGCAGUCCAUGCUGCUGCCACAAGAGGGCAGUCUCUCCAUCCACACCUCCCUCCCCGCCUCCGGCGACGGCUCCAGCCCUGUCAUGGCCGCCGUUCGCCUGCUGGCGGAGAUCCGCACCAGGGCCUGCCUGGUGAUGGCCCAGCUCCUGGAGGACAGCUCCUUCUGUGAGGAGUUCAUCCAGCAGUGCCCUGCUGCUGUGGAGGUGCUGAACCUGGUGGCCCAGGAGUGCAGCCCAGGAGAGCGUUUGGGCGUGGUGGAGGCCCAGUGCGAGCGGGUGAGGAUGCUGUACCGGGACUGUGCCCGCCCCCCUCCCCCACCCCUGCAGACGGACAGGAGACAGCCCAAGGAGAUCACCUGGUGCCCGUCGCGGGUCUUCCCGCCGGUUCGCGCCUGCAUGUUCUCCUCCCGCCUCACCUCUGUCACCUUCUUGGCCGACCCCAGCGCUGGGGGGGGGCUGCCCCGGGGCACCUUCAUCUACGCCACCUCACCUGUGCCCAUCCAGGCGCCGUCGUUUUACUGGGAGAUGGAGAUUGUGUCGUACGGCGACUCGGACGACGACAGCGGCCCCAUCGUGUCCUUCGGCUUCGCCACCGAGGCGGAGAAGCGGGACGGGGCCUGGACCAAUCCCGUGGGCACCUGUCUGUUCCACAAUAACGGCCGGGCGGUGCACUAUAACGGCUCCAGCCUGCUGCAGUGGAAGAGCGUCAGGCUGGACGUGGCUCUGCUUCCAGGUGACGUGGCUGGGAUUGGCUGGGAGCGCUCGGAGGGCACGCCCCCUCCCCCAGGCCAGGCCUCUAAGGGGCGUGUCUACUUCACCUACUGCGGCCAGCGGCUCAGCCCCUUCCUGGAGGACGUGGCGGGGGGGAUGUGGCCUCUGGUGCACAUCCAGAAGAAGAACACUAAGAUCCGGGCGAACUUCGGCUGCCGGCCGUUCGCGUACGCCGAGGGGCAGGCCCACCGGAACGCGGCGGACCUGUGCCCCGACCUGGCCGAGGAGAUCAGCGCCAACUUCGAGGUUCUGCCCUUCGCCAUGGCGUCCGACAGCGACAACGACGCGGGCGCCAGCGUGGCAUCGGACUCGGGCUCGCACGGCCCGCCCUGCCGCAUCGCUGCCGUGGCCGCCGCCCAGCAACAGUACAACAGCGACGCCUCCUGCCACUACAAGGUGGAGCUGAGCUACGAGAACCUGGUCACCUCCGGGCCCGAACCACACCCCCCGCCCAUCGCCGACGACGAGAGCGACGAUGAGGACGACGACGACGUCCCCAGGGAGGAUCACUACGCCCUGCUGGUGAAGGCCUGGGAGACCAAGGUGUUCCCCACCAUCCGCCGACGCUUCCGCAACGAGGCGGAGAGGAAGUCCGGCCUGGACCAGAUCAAAGGGGCCCUGCAGCUGGGCAUGGUGGACAUCGCUCGUCAGACGGUGGAGUUCCUCUACGAGGAGAACGGCGGGAUUCCGCGCGACCUCUACCUCCCCACCAUCGAGGACAUCAAAGACGAGGCCAACAAGUUCACCAUCGACAAAGUCCGCAAAGGUCUGACCGUGGUCAUACGCUGUCCCGACAGCAACAACACCAACAGCAGCACGGGCGGCACGGCUCUGCCCAAAUUCGCCAUCCGGGGCAUGCUGAAGACCUUCGGCCUGCACGGCGUGGUGCUGGACGUCGACUCGCUGAAUGAGCUGGUGCAGGUGGAGACGUACCUGCGCAGUGAGGGGGUCCUGGUGCGCUACUGGUACCCCAUUGAGAUGCUGGAGCGCCCCCCGGCUGGCUCCCGCAGAACUGCAGCCAACGGCCUGGUGUCCUUGGACAGCAGCAACAUCCAGAUACACAGGGAGCUGCUUCGGUGUGAGGGGGCGCUGGCCCGUCUGUACUGCCGCAUGGCCCUGCUCAACAUCUUCGCCCCGAAAAGCCCCCACACCUUCACCCGCCUCUUCCACAUCCCCGCCAUCCGGGACAUAACCCUGGAGCACCUGCAGCUGCUGUCCAAUCAGCUGCUGGCCCCUCCCCUGCCAGAUGGCACCAUCAGCUCCAGCUCCAUCCUGCUGGCCCAGUCGCUGCUGAAUAACCUGCAGGGGCAGAGCUGCUCGCCCACGGACCUGUUCUACCAGGGCAACGCCCAGCCCAUCCGCGAGUGGCUGACUGUGGCCAUUACCCGCGCCCUCCACCAGGGGGAGGAGAGCCUGCUGGAGCUCACCAAGCAGAUCUGCUCCUUCCUGCAGAACGCUCCGGAGCAGUUCACGUCGGAGGAGUUCCCCGUCUCGGAGUCAAAGGUCAGCAUGGACGUCAACUUCCCCGGCGCCGCCUUCGUGAUCGUCUCCUGCAAGGAGAGCCAGCUGGGCUGCCGCAAGGAUUCGUCCCUGUACAAGGCCCCCUGGGCGCGGGUCAUGGUGUACGGCCUGGGGCACAAGGUUCGACGGAACGGGCAGCUCAACCUGAUGGAGGCGGUGUGCUACCCGCUGGACGCCUCCCCCUCCAACACCGGCCUCACGCCCCCCCCCACCACCAACCAGUACCCCUCCAUCAUCAUCCCCACCGACCGGGUGCACAUAAAACUGGGUGUGUCUCCCCCUCCUGGAGCGGUGGUGGUACUGCACUCGCUGCCGCUGGAGUUCCCGCUGGCCAUGGCGUUCGCUGAGCAGCUGCUCACGUGGAAGCUAGGGGGCGACGGCGAGCGGUCGGAGGAGGAGCUGGACACCGUGCCCUCCUCCGUGCUCCUCCAGGUGGUGGAGCUGCUCGGUGGUCUGCUCUGGACCACAGACCUGGCCCCCUGCAUUAAGGAGCUCACCUUCCACCUGCUGGCCGAGCUGUUCCGUAAGAUCCACCACCUGGAGCAGCGGCGGAGCCCGGCCUGCCUGAGCAGCUCCAUCGCGCUGCUGCUCAACCCCUGCCUGGCCGUGCUGAUGGCCCUGCAGACCGAGGUGCGCAAGCUGUACGACCGCGAGACGCAGGGCUGGGCGGCGGCCGCGGGGGGCGGGGCCUCGGCGGGGGGAGGGGGCGGGGCCCUGGCCCUGGGGACGGAGCAGAGCCGCUUCUCCACCUACUUCCACGCGCUGAUGGAGGUGUGCCUGGCGGUGGCGGAGGUGACGCUGCCGCUGAACGUGAGCGGGGUGGCGGUGGGGGCGCUCUCCUCCAGCAGCGCCCCCAACCUCAGCGACUCUUCCUCCUCCUCCUCCUCCUCGCCGGGCCAGACGCCGCAGAGCCCCAGCCUGCUGUCCAAGCGCAAGAAGGUGAAGAUGAAGAGGGAGCGGGCGGCGGCGGCGGUGGCGGCGGUGGCCUCGGGCAAGCGCGGCUCCGGGGGCGGGGCCAGGCUGUCGGAGAGCGACGGCGCCCUUCUCAACAUGGCCGCCGGGAAGCCCGAGGACAUGCUGUGGUUCCACCGCGGCCUGACGCUGCUCAUGAUCCUCCGUCACCUGGCAACCAAGGACCCGCAGGGGCUGGGCGUGACCAGCGACGCGGUGACGGACGCGUGCCAGGCGCUGGUGGGCCCCACGGCGCACGGCCGCCUGCUGGUGCUGUCGGGCAUCCCCACGCACCUGGAGGAGGCCGCGGUGCGCAGCGCCAUCCGCAGGGCCUGCAACGCCCACGGCGGCCUCUUCAGAGACGAGGUCUUCAUCCCGCUGCAGGAGGAGGACCCCAAGAAGGCCAAGGGCGGGGCCGCCCCGCCCCCGGACCCCGGCAAGCCCGCCCCCGAGCCGGACCGGGCCUUCCCGCCCGGCGGGGGCGGGGGCAACGAGAGCCCCGACAGCUCCAGCAGCGUCACCCCGGCGAUGAGCGUGAGCGCCUCGGCCUCCACCAGCCAGACCUCCAUCUGCAGCUCCUCCCAGGGCGUGUCCCGCACCGCCAGCGAGCUCUCCGUCGACCAGGAGCUGCUGGCCCCGCCCCCCGCCAACGCCGCCGCCGCCGUGGCUCCUCCCGCCCAGCAGGGGGCGCUGGACCCACACACCGUGUCCAGCCAGGAGAGCCUGGACUUCUCCCUCUGCAGCACGGGCAGCCUGGGGAGCCUGGGCAGUUUGGGGGAGCCCCUGGACAGCGCAGAGACGUCCGACGGCGGAUCCAUGUACACCGUCACCUCGCUGGACCACAACGCCGUCGUGACGCGGCCAAUCAAAGGCUACGCUGUCAUCGAGGUGCGAGCUCGGGCGAAGGUGGAGAAGAUCCGCGCCAGCCUCUUCAACAGCAGCGACCUGAUUGGCUUGUCCAGCCUGGAAGGGGAGGAGGAGCUGAUGGAGAUGACCAAUGAGGAGAUCCUGACGGCCUCCAGCGUGAACCAGAGCCUGUUCGACACGCAGGGAAGCUCCGCCCUGGAGGAUUACUUCACCGAGAAGUCCAUCCGAGGGGACAAGCUGGUGCCCGGUGCGCGGGACGUCCUGACGGACAUCUUCAAAAGCUGCGUCCACUCGGAGCAGAUGCUCAGCCUCACCCCCGCCAAACCCAUCAAGGUGUCGGACAUCUACCUGAGCAAGGAGCAGAUCAACGCCCAGACGCCCGGAAACCUGCUGCACGUCUUCUUCACCAACGUGCGCCCGCCCAAGAAGCUUCUGGAAGACCAGCUGACUCAGAUCCUGAGGAAGUACGGCGCCCCCAAACCCAGUAAGAGCAAGUACAGCAAGGCGGGGAAGGAGCAGCACCAGGGCAAGGUGGUGAGCACCAAGCGGCCAAUCACAAAGCCCCCUGCCAAGGAGAAGUCUGUGCUCAACAGCGUCCGGACGGCUCUGAGCGAGAAGAAGCCGGUCCUGAAGCCCAAGUCCCCUGAGAAGGCCCGACCGGACGAGAAGGACACGGAGAAGUCUCCCGCCAAGAAGCAGGAAGUUCCCGAGGAGAAGUACCUCACCCUGGAGGGCUUCCACAAAUUCACGGUGGACCGAGCCAAGCAGGACAUCCGGAGUGUGUGGAGGGCUAUUCUCGCCUGCGGCUACGACCUGCACUUUGAAAGGUGUACCUGCAUAGACACGCGCCACGCCCAGAAGGCCUGCAGGAAGUGGAGUUUGGAGAUGGACGUGGCGCUGGUGCAGUACAUUAACCGCCUGUGCCGGCACCUGGCCAUCACCCCCGCCCGCCUGCACCCCCACGAGGUCUACCUGGACCCCGCCGACGCCGCCGACCCCCGCGUGGCCUGCCUGCUCAGUGUGCCUGUGGAGAGUCUGCGUCUGCGCUUUGCGCUGCUGCAGUCUCUGAACAGCAUGCUGGAGAGCUUCUUCCUGCCGCUGGUGGAGCUGCGCCAGACGGCCACCUACCAGAACAGCAUCGCCGCCCUGCUGCGGGAGGCCAAAGGCCUGGUGUUCUAUGACACCAAGGUGACCGUGAUGAACCGGGUCCUGAACGCCACGGUCCAGCGCACGGCCGACCACGCCGCCCCCGAAAUCACGCUGGACCCCCUGGAGAUCGUGGGAGGGGAGAUCCGCUCUUCGGAGAAUACGUAUUUCUGCCAGGCGGCGCGGCAGCUGUCCUGCGUUCCCUCCUCUCAGCUCUGCGUCAAACUGGCCAGCGGCGGAGACCCCACCUACGCCUUCAACAUCCGCUUCACCGGGGAGGAGGUGCACGGCACCAGUGGGUCCUUUCGGCACUUCCUGUGGCAGGUGUGCAAAGAGCUCCAGAGCUCCGCCCUCUCCCUCCUGCUGCCCUGCCCCAGCGCAGCCGCCAACCGCAACAAGGGGAAGUACAUCCUGACGCCGUGCCCGAUCACCUACGCUGAGGAGCAGCUGCUGCACUUCCUGGGGCAGCUGCUGGGCAUCGCGGUGCGGGCGGACGUGCCCCUCCCCCUGGACCUGCUCGGGUCCUUCUGGAAGGGCCUGGUGGGCGAGCCCCUGGACCCCGACGCCGACCUGCAGGAGGCCGACCUGCUCACCUACAACUACGUCAAGAAGUUUGAGAGCGUGAGCGAGGAGGCGGAGCUUGAAGCGCUGUGUGCAGAGAUCUCCUCCCAGCACCACACGGGCGAGAGCCCUGAUUCGCCGAGCCGGCCCUGCUGCACCUUCACCUACGUCGCCAUGACGGGAGAGGAGGUGGAGCUCUGCACGGGGGGGCGGAACAUCAGCGUCACCUGGGAGAAUAAGGACAUGUACGCGCGCGCGGUGCGAGCUCUCAGGCUGCGGGAGCUGGAGAACUCGGAGUGUAUGACGGCGGUGCGGGCGGGACUCGCCUCCAUCAUCCCUCUGCAGCUGCUCACCAUGCUCAGCCCCCUGGAGGUGGAGCUGCGCACCUGCGGCCUGCCCUACAUCAACCUGGAGUUCCUCAAGGCUCACACCAUGUACCAGGUGGGCCUGAUGGAGACGGACCAGCACAUCGAGUUCUUCUGGGGCGCCCUGGAGAUGUUCACUCAGGAGGAGCUCUGCAAGUUCAUCAAGUUCGCCUGCAACCAGGAGCGCAUCCCCUUCACCUGUCCCUGCAAGGACGGGGGCCCCGACACCGCCCACGUGCCCCCCUACCCCAUGAAGAUCGCCCCUCCAGACGGGGCAGCAGGCUCCCCGGACUCGCGGUACAUCCGCGUGGAGACCUGCAUGUUCAUGGUGAAGCUCCCGCAGUACUCCUCCCUGGACGUGAUGCAGGAGAAGCUGCGCUACGCCAUCCACUACCGAGAGGACCCGCUCAGCGGCUGACCCCCCCGCCCUGUCUGCCCCGCCCCCUGCCCCGCCCAGUACCCCACCCCUCACCCUCUCCGGGGGCGGAGCUCUCCCCCCUCCAGGACCCCCCUCCCCCUCCUGUUGGAGUUUGUGGCCACUCCAGGUUUUUUUUUUCAUUUUUUAGUUUUUUUUAAUGAUAAUUUUUCAAGAGAGGAUCCGGACUAUCAUUUCCAAAAUGGGGAUUUAGACUAUAAUUUUUUACAUUUCUGCUUGUGUUCCUGUUCCUUUAUCUUCGUCUCUGGUCAUGUGACGUUGUCUGGGAACAGUGUAGCCAUUAGAAAUGCAUAACUUUUUUUUUUUUAUUAUUAUUAUUUUUUUAUUUUUAUGCGUGUGGCCGAAAGUCACAUCUCCCUGCCUCCCUCCUUACGGGGAGCACACAGCUGUGCCUGAGUUUCAGACGCCUUCAGCUUUUAGGGGG